AUGCAAAAUGGUACUAGCUGCAUUAGUGAGAAACAAGGUGAGAUAUUAGAUAUUGCCCCGGACCAGAUUGUUUUUAAUAUUAGUAAUACACUGCAUGGUAUUACUGCAACAUGGAGGACCCCAGAUAAUAAUAAUAAAAUAUCCCCUUCUUGUUAUGAAGCUGAAGUGCAGUACAAGAACCAGUGUGUCAAAGACUGGAAGGGAGGUCAGAGUAUUCAAGUGAGACAACAACAUGAGGUGUACAAUUUGGACCUGUCCACUCUCAGCAUGAAGACGAAUUACGAUUUCAGAAUAAGAAUGAAGCUGGGGUGUCUAGACAAGGACUGGAGCAAGUGGACAAAAGUGCAAAGUUGGGGAAACAAUGAAGGUGCUUGUAUGGUAGAAGGAUCCGCCUACAUAUGGGUUUACAUUUUGAUAAUUGUGUUGCCACUAACCGCCUUUCUUCUUGUCUGUCUGUUGACUCAACAGGGAGUUAGAAGACUGAUCUUUCCUGAAGUACCAGAUCCCAAACACUUCAAAAAUAAAAUCAUGGACACUGAACAGUCUCAGUGGUGGGGGAACCUUACACAGUGGAAUGAGGAAUGCUCAACAACAGAUAUUGAGAUUAUUGACAAGAACGAAAGGGAAGAGCAACAUCAAACUUUGGUAAUACAGCCCAUGUACACCAGCCCAGAGCAACAUGACAGCAUGUACCGCAUCUACUCCUCUGAAACACCUGGUGAAAUCACAGAAGUACAGUACUCUCGAAGUGUGUUGGGAUAUAUUGCUUUUUAAGGCCACAGAGAGGGGCUGAAAUCAUAUCCAUGAACCAAUUUAAUGCUUUUAAGAUUGAUUAUUUGAUUGGUAUAACACAUGGGGUAAAAUCUUUUAUGCUUGCUAGUGUCUCAGGUUUGUGAUCAUCACGGUUUAGAUGCUUAGCAUGGCUCUGUUAGACCCUGCCGGUAGAUCCUGUAACUACACCAUCUGGAUACAAAAAGCAUCUUUCUCCAUUAACGGCCAUUCAAAAUUAGCCACCUAUUCUGAUGUAACUACAGUCUUUUAAGCAAAAUAUUUCCAGGGCUCCGGCAUAAGCCAAACAAGUGCCUUUGAGAUGAAUGGGAAUACUAAAUGAUAUAUUUCUCUAGGUAUUAUCGAUCUCAUUGGUUACUCCUAAAGUCUGUGAUCAGGAUUGUGGUUAAAGCAAGCUAGUGCACAAAAAAUAAUUUUAGCACAUCAGCCUGUAACAAACAAUGUGAGUGCAGUACAAUAAUUGGACAAUGGAGGGCACUCUGACUAUCCUGAAGUGUUAAAGAAGAUUUGAACCAUAUCAAAGCCAACAAGGAACACACUCUUCACAGCAUCACAGCCCUCUCUUAAGGGAGGAUGUACGUUAAUCUGAAGACUGAUUUAAAAGAUUAAUGUGAAACUGCAUAAUAGAUGUAGAGUUCCAGUGUGACGGUGUAACAAAGCCAGGGCUGCAGCCACACACUCUGAUCUGUUGUGAUUGAUGAACUGGAAUGGGGGUGAAGAAUAUGAGCAAAUAAUCAUUAAGAGAUAGAAGCAAAAAUGAACGCCACACAGGUGGAUACAUGAAUGUAAAAAUGUACAGUUUCAGUUGUACCCGUUGCAGCUUAGAAAAACUGACC